AUGGCCUACUACCAGAACCCCCGGCAGCUGUCCGGGUUCUAUGGCGAUCUGUCCACAACCGGCGCCGGCGGGAUACCGAUGCCGGGAUACGACCCAUAUGCAGUGAACACAGUCGCCCCUCUGCCCAUGCCGACGGCCGGCACCGCGAUGGGUGGACCGGUGGGUGGAGCACUACCGACACAACACAGGGCAUCUUCGGGCGCAUGGAAUCAGGAGGACGACCAAACACUGUUGGCGCUGCGGGCGAUGGGCAAGAACUGGAACCAGAUCCAGAGGGAAGCCUUCCCGGGCAAGACGGGCAACGCAUGCCGGAAGAGACACGAGAGGCUGAUGGAGCGCCGUGGCCAAAACGACUUUGACAACCGCAAACUCGAGCGGCUAUGCAAGGAGUAUAUGAGCAUGCGGAAGGAGAUCUGGCAACCUCUUGCGUCGAGGUGUGGCGAGAAGUGGAAUGUUGUCGAGAUGCAGUGCAUGUCCAACGGCCUUAAGAACAUCCAAUCCCAUGCCCGCGCCUUCGCCCGCCGCGAGCGCCUCGAGUCCGGCCGACCUCUCACCGCCUACGACGAUCCCGACGGCGCCCUUGGCUGCCUCACCCCAGUCGACGACGUAGAUGUCGCAGACCAAUCUUACAGCUCCCCGGAGACAGGCGGCUCCACCACCGGUCCGCACUCCACACCUGGCGGCAGCCAGGGCUCGGCCGCGUCGGCUGGCCACGCGGCGUAUGCGAACAUGCACCAUCCACACCACUCUCAGGCUGCGGCGGCAGGGUAUCAAUAUGGGGGUUACGGGCACCCACAGCAGCAUCACGGGCACGGGUACAGCAACAGCGUGUCAAGCACGGGGACGGCGGGGGGGUACACCACUGGUGCGUCACAGCAGAGUGCCGGCGGGAGUCAAGGGACGAGUCCAUACAUGGGCCACGGUGGGAGACUGCCUAGUGUCGGGGACAUGGGGAUCGAUUCCCUCAUUAAUCGGGGACAGGGCAGCUAA